AUGGCGACAGACAGCGAGAAAAUCGACGGCUUCCUGCGGUACGACGCUUUCCCGUCGCGCUCCUUCUCCGCACGCGGACUUCCUGUGCGCGGUGGCAAUGCCAAGCCUGUUCGGUCAUUGGCCUGGUCGAGCGAUGGCAAGCGCAUAGCGACUGGAACGGAGGGCGGCGGCCUGCGAGUGUGGGAUGUGCGUCCCGGCGGCGGCGUCGAGGGCACGGGAACCGGCAUGAAGUCCCCUCAUCCCGCUAGCAACGUCACCAUCGCGGUCGCGUGGUCGCCGACAGAGCCCACAGUCCUCGCAUCGGGGUGCAAGCCGGGCUCAUCGAGCAGUGGCGGCUACGUUGCGGUCUGGGAUGUGGCGGGCGGCGUGUCCCCGCUGGCCAAGUUCAAGAUCCCCGGCGAGGUGCUGCACAUCGCCUGGCAUCCGGAUGGAGAGCAGUUCGCGGCCGUCUGCCCCCGUCAAGCCAGGGACGAGGUGUACUUCUUUCAGAAGAAGAAUGGGGUGUGGGAGCAAAGGCAAGACAUCAUGAUGGGCGGCGCGGGGAUUGACCUGAUCCAGGAAAUCAACUCCCUUCGGUUCUGGAAGGGCGGCGACGCAGUACUCUGUGUCUCGAACGACGGAUCGCUUAAUGCCUGGUGGUACCCGGUUGAGGAGCGCGCGCCGCCACCUCUCUCGCCGUCGCCGGAAGCAGAGGUCGAGGCGGAGGCCAAGGACGAGGAGCCGCCAACGAAGAAGCCCCGUCUCGACUCCAAGGAGGGGUCUGCUGAGAAGCCCGAGCCCGAGGCUGAGGCUGAGGCUGAGGUUGCUGAGGGCGAGGGAGAAGCGGAUGGAGAGGAAGACGAAGUCAAGCGGACACGGGACGAGCCGGAGGCCGCCACGCCUGCUGCUGCUACAUCGGCGGAGGGCGCCGAGGUCGCCGAGGGCGAGGAGGGAGAAGCGGAUGAGGAGAAGCCCGAGGGCGAGGAUGCCAAGGCCGAGGGGGGCGAGGGUGAGGGCGAGGAGGAGAACCCGACCAUCGAGGUGACCGCCCCCGACGCCAAGCAGGACGUCGACAUGGCGACUCCUGGCGCCGCCACGCCCGCGGCUGCCUCUACUGCCGCGCCAAGCCCAGCACCCGACCAUCCCUCCCCCGCUCCCGCUCCCGCUGCCCCCUCCCCGAAACCCGACGGUGCCGCCGCCGUUGCCGCUGCUCGAGCCGCCGCAUCCCGCGAACUCCUCCGGCGGAAACACAAGCAACUCGCUCCCUGUUACCGCCAGCUCCUCUCUUCACCUUCCUCCCUUCUCUCGCUCGCCCUCCAACCGCAGGGCAAGUACCUGGCAGUCGGCGGCCAAGAUGCCCGUGUGUCCCUGUACUCGGCACGGGACUGGCUCCUCGAACGGACAUACCACCAACCCAGCGGUGCGAUCCGGCACAUCGCCUUCAGUCCCGACGGCGAGCUGCUGGCCGUGGGCGGCGACGACCCCUUUAUCUAUCUGAUCGGCGUGUGGAACAAGCAGACUGUGCAGAAGAUCCCGGUGCAUGGCGUCGUUAAUGGGUUGGCGUGGAACCCGGUCCUGCGCGAGGGCAAGUGCAGUCUUUCGUGGAGCACGAAGAGCUCCACGGGGGUCGUGUGGUAUCUCGCGAAUCAGGAGUAG